UUUACCGAAUAACGUGGUUCUGUUUAUUUUAAAAAAUAAUAUUAAAGAUCAUAAGAAAGUUAAUAAUAAAUGCAAGCAGCAAUUUGUUCUUGCAGAUACACAGCAGUCUAGUUUCGUAUUAUUUCUGGACAGUUGAAUAAUUAUUACAAAUUUUCGUCUUUAGAACAGAUUUUUUAUGUAGCGCAACAAAAUGUUUCUACUUCAAGUGACAUCUACUCUAAAAAAAUCAAUAUGUAAUUAUGUAUUAUUCCACCAAACGAGUAAGCUAUGUAGAACAUGUUUCAAAGAAAUUUACAUACAUCCAGGAACGAUUCAUCGUUCUUAUAGCAAAGAAACAGAAAGCCAGUUACAAUCCAACAUCGUUAAUGACUUAAAAUUUAAUGAGGAACAACAAACAGAAAUAAAUAAUUCAAAAAAUGAGUCUAAAACAAGGAUUAACAACAUAUUUACAUCUCAUGAUAUAAAUUAUAUUGACAAAUUGUUUCCAAAUCCUGUAGGAAGCCUUACUAAUAUUUAUACUAUUGUGAAUAAUGAAUUUAAUUUAACAAAUUCAUUGUCCUACAAUUAUGAAAUACAUAAACAAAAUUCCUCCAAGAAGCAGAUGAUUAAAUGUACAAUUAACAUUUUAUGGCCUUCGGAAAUGUCUUUUACUAGUGUAGGACAAAACAGAAAGGCAGCUGUAACACAUGCAGCAAAGACGUGUUUGAAUUGGUUGCAUGUUAAUAAAAAAAUUACAACAUCGAGACCUAUAUUAUAUAGCAAAAAAGAAAUUAAUGAAAAAAUGAAUGAACUUGUCACGAUAAAUCUUGAAUCAAACUUAAAAAAUGAAAUUAAAAUUAUAACAGACAUAUUUGACAAUGAAAUAAAAGCCAUAGUAACAACACAAUCUACUGCUAAUCCUGAAGAAAGUGUCUCAAAACAGGAUAAAAUGGGCAAUUUUUUUGAUUUUAAACGACUAUCAAAAGAUAAUAUACUUAAGAAAGAAAGACAAUCCAACAGGGUAAAUGAUAAAGAUUUGCCUAUUGUUCACUACAAGAGAAACAUUCUUUAUGCAUUAGAGCAUAAUCAGGUUCUUUUGAUUAAAGGCGAUACUGGUUGUGGUAAAAGUACCCAAGUACCACAAUUCAUAAUUGAUGAAUAUAUAGUACAAAAUAAAGUACAUAAGUGUAAUAUACUCGUGUCAGAACCUCGUAGAAUUUCAGCUAUAUCUUUGGCUAAUUAUGUUGCUGCUGAACGAAACGAGGAUGUAGGCCAAACGAUCGGUUAUCAAGUACGACUCAAGCAUAUAAUACCAAAGCUAUCUGGUUCGAUUUUGUUUUGCACAACUGGUAUAUUGUUACGAAGGAUGCAGGCUAACCCUUCUUUGAGAGGAGUGUCGCACAUAAUUAUGGACGAAUCUCACGAGAGAACCUUGCAGAUUGAUAUACUGCUUAAUUUAUUGAAAAAAGUGUUGAAGACUAAUCCAGAUUUGAAACUUAUAAUUAUGUCUGCAACUAUGAAUGCAGAAUUAUUCCAGCAGUACUUUUCCUGCGUAGUCAUUGACGUUCCUGGGAAAAUGUAUCCUGUAAAAAUGCAUUUUAUGGAUGAUAUUGAUAUCUUCAAAAGGCAAUCGUUAAAUGCUUUCAAUUCGAAGAAUAUAGAAGUUCCUUUCAAAGAAACAAUAGGGCUAAUCCGCUGGAUUUCCAAAAAUAAACCACCUGGAGCUAUUUUAUGUUUCCUUCCAGGUUGGAAAGAAAUUCAGUAUGUCUAUAACGGAUUAUACAAAAACUUUCAUGAUAGUGGUUCGUUAAUAUUACGACUUCAUUCCAAACUGUCGCACAACGAACAGGACGAAAUCUUUAAUCCUGCUCCUCCAAAUGUUCGAAAAAUUAUUUUAGCUACAGAUAUUGCCGAAAGUAGUAUUACUAUUAAAGAUGUCAGUUAUGUUAUAGAUACUGUGAUUAAGAAGGAAACGUGCUGGAAUAACACUAAGUGUUUAUAUGGUGUAAGCAAUGUUUGGAUAUCACAGGCAAAUAUUUGUCAAAGAAAAGGAAGAGCUGGACGCGUUAAACCUGGUGAAAGUUACCAUUUAAUUUCGAAAGAAGCAUACAAUACAUUACAGUUGUUUCCAGUGCCGGAAAUAACUAGAACGGCGUUAGAGGGAGCAAUUCUUAUUAGUAAAAUGUAUAGCAAUGAGAAAGUGCAUGAUUUCUUUAAUAAUAUGAUUGAAGUUCCUAAUAAAACAUCAGUAAAUCAAGCUAUACAUAGUUUAGAACAACUUGAUAUUCUUGACGAGAAUGAAAAUCUCACAGCUUUAGGAAAACGUGUAAUAUAUUUUUCACUGGAACCUAGGCUCAGUAGAGCACUGUUAUUUGCUUGUGUAUUUCAGUGUCUAAAUCCUAUUCUAUCAAUAGUUUCUCUGCAUACUACCGAUAAUGAAAUGUCUGCUACUUCGUUAAAUGAUAAAUCUACCAUGAGGGAAAUGAAACAAAAGCUACACAACUCAAGCGAUCAUAUCGCCAUGUUGCAAUAUUAUAUGCAAAGCAAGAAUUCUUUAAGUCGUAAAUUGAAUAUGACUUUAUAUAUACUAUCAAAAAUAUGUGAAUUACAUUUAACUGAAGCAAUAGAUAGUGGUAUAAUUUCAUUAUCUCAGUCUGACGACAUGAAUACGAAUUCUAAGCAUAAUGAGUUGAUUCGGGCUAUUUUAUUUUCGGCUUCAAAUCAGGUAAUAAGGCAAUCAAAUUAUGGAUAUAAAAAUGGACAUUUUACAACACAUGAAAAUACGCUAAUAUCUCAAGAUAGGAAAAAAAUUAUUCUUUCAACAGACAGUGUAAAUUAUAAACGCAAAUUAUGGCCAAGUCCGUUUUUAACGUACCUUAAUAAACUGGAGUACAUUCAGCAACAUAUAUGCGUGGUUCCCGAUACAAGCAUGAUUUCACCUUUAUCGGUUCUCUUAUUUAACCAAAAUGAUGUUCGAUGUUCGAAGAGGGAUCGAAAUGAUUUUGACAAUGAGAAUAGUGUUACCAUUGAAAUGAAUAAUUUGGAAAAUGUACAGUUAUGCUGUGACGAAGAGACUGCAAACUUAUUAUUGAAGUUUCGAGAUAUUUUGUGGAAUACUGUAAAUUACAUAAUUCAAUAUGAGGGCGACGAGAAACAAACAGAAAAUUUAAACACGGUUAAAUCCUACAGAAGUAAAUUGAUGUCUGUACUAGUAAAUUUAUUAAGGGAAUCGUCGAAAAAUAUAGACGCUUCCGAGGUAUUAUAUAAUUCAGUUAAAUCAGAGACCAAAAAUUUUUAA